UUCAAAUAAUCAAUUAUUUAUAAAAAUGUGUAACUCAAUUAAAAAAGGUUUUAGAUUUAUAUGUUAUAAUUUUCAAAUAAAAUGUUCGCUUGUAUUUGAAUGGUUUUGUAGGUUUUGCCUAUUCGUGUCGUCGUGUGGUUUCCUUAGCUUGAAGUUUAAAAUAGAUCUUUAAAAACUUAAAUAUAACUGUCGGCAUGAGAGCAAUACUAAAUUCUUUAAAAAUCACACUUCAAGAAAUCAUAUGAAAUUAUUCCGCCCCAAUAUAUACGGAAUGCGCAUGUGCAGUACUAUCAAAGUCGUUACUAUUUCUCGGGACAGAUGUUGACAAAUAUUUUUUUUUUAUUUCCAAGUUUUUUUAUUUUUAAGAAAAAGUAUGUAGGAAGAACUUUAGACGGUUGGUUUUUUAAAUUAAAUAAUUUUUUGUGCUGUAUGUAAAUAAAUUUAAAAUUCCUACACUGAAAAUAUAUAACAUUAAUAAAUAGCCAGAUGUUUUACCGACGUGUAUUUGUUGAACUUUUUUUAGAAAAUUUUAAAAUUUGUGACAAAGAAGAGUUUAAACAUUUUUAGAAGUAAAAAACAUGGAUGGAGAACAUGAACUUUUACUUGAUGAAGAUAAUGAGAGACAUGAAAGAAAAUCACGUAAUUUUGUGAAGUCGAUGUUACCACGGCAACUUAAGAAAUACUGGCGUACAUUUUUACUGGCACUCGCUUUGUUUAUGUUUGGGUUAGGUUUUCUUGUUGUUGCUGUUUACAUCGUGUUACUGCCAGAUUACUCGGUUAAUGCUCCUCAUAGUUACAUUUUCUUUCUGUGUGCAGCCAUAUGUAUCAUUCCGGGAGGUUAUCACGUCAUAUACAUGUAUUGUGCUUUUACUGGCAAAGAAGGUUAUAAACUGGACGAGCUUCCAACGUUCAAUGACAACUAACGAUAAAAAUAUUACGAAAAACAUGGAACAAGAGACGAUAGAGAGAAUCGAUAAGUUACAAGUAUGUGGCGCAAUCCACCCUUCUUGUUGGCUAAAGAAGACUUCGGAUCACAUGAAAUUUUGUAGUUUUACUGCGGCGACGUUGCUAUAAACAAAAUAUUGACUUCAGUACUCUUAUUAUAUAGAAAAUUACGUUUUUACUUUAAGAAAGAAUCACCAUCAGUUUGCGACUUGACAGGAAAUCGCUAAUUCUUUUACGUGAGAAGAGAAUUAGUAUCAAUUUGCUACGUCGAGAGGGACUUACCAUAAAUUUGCAAAUUAGGAGGGCCAAAGAAAGGGUUACUAUUGGUGGUUUCCAUGGCAAUUUUUGCAAACUAAACUUUUCAAACCAUUUAAACAAGAAGCAAAAAACCUCUAGCUUGUGGUAAUUAGACUUAAGGAAAGGGGGUGAGUCUCCGUCUUCUCCCGGUUACUAGAUCCCGGACAGCUAAAAGAAAAUGGAUGUGGAUGUACAUUUUAUAUUCUGGUCUGCAAUAUAUUUCACAGCUAACUGAUCCUGCUAAAAAAUACUAAUGAAUGUCUAAAGGCGGUUUUCACUUAACAACUAGCACGGUUUGAUCGACCAAAUACGCGUUCGAUUUUUUUUUAGAGUUCCGAUCUAGGUUUGAGUCAUUUUUGCAUUUUCAACCCCAAAGUUAUUUGAGAUAAACCUCGAAAGUAGCUCUUGACUUGGUUGGGUAUGUGAUGGAUUCUGAUUGGUUUAUUAUUAUUCAAUUAUUAUUCAAAAGCAUGAUUCGGCUUUCUUUUUUUAUAAAAAUGCGUUUUCAUCGCAAACAUUAACUUUUUUUUGCAUGGCAUCCUUAUCACAAAAAUGUUUUACAAAAUUUUUUAAUCGUGCUUCUUAUUCCCGGAAAUAAAGUUUUAAAAAAUUUCUCACGUCGGAUCUUACUUUCAACCAUAAACUUCGUACGGAACACUGUAUAUACUGUACAGUACAUGAAAGCACAUAUCGGCUUACAGAUCCUUUUUCUCAAGUUGUGCUAAAUCACGAAUCCAAUUAGGUCCCCACAAACGAUAAGCUAAAUUCAGAAAGGUUAACUAUACAAGCAUAACAUCAGAUAAUCUAAUCAAGAAAAAUACCCCAUAUGUAGUGGGGUAUUUGUCAUCGCGUGACCACACGGGUCUAGAGCUACACUUUCUCUCAAAGAGAGCUCUGGUGGACGAGAAUGCCAUUCUCGUAGAGAGGUUGGUUUUUAACCUUAUCCCAAAGUCUAUUUGCUUUUUAACAGCGUUUUAAUUUUUGAUGGUUGUAUCGAAAUUAUCUUCAUGCCUAAAAGGUGCUAUAGUCGAGCUUAGGUUUUCAUUCUAACAUGUAACCUAC